CCAUUUCAUUUUUGGCCCACUAACCUCUCUCCUCACCCAUUCUUUUCAACCCGGCGAGUCGGCGACAUCUGCCUCCGAGUGGUUUGCAACAAUAGAAAUCGAUUUUCUGAUCAAAACCCUAGAUAUUAUCUACAUAUUCCCCAAAUUAAUCAGGGGGUUUUAUCUCCGGAUUCCGGUAAUGGAUUCUUUGCUAGCUACGUAUGCAUCUUCAGAUGAAGAUGAAGAUCAACAACAACCACGUAAACAGAAUCAAGCAAGCCAAUCGAACUUCCCUUCGCAACCCGCAACCAAAUUUGGGGGAAACUUCUUAUCUUCUCUCCCAACACCAAAAUCCCAACUUUCAAACCCUCCCCCACAGACUCUAACAACUUCGAAACCCAAGAAGGUUGCACAGCCACAAUCCGGAUUCAAUUCAUCAUCCUCCGCCUCUUUAUUUUCUUCACUUCCUCAACCAAAAACCGAAAGAUCUGACCCGUUUUCUCUGGGGCCUAAACCUAAAAAAGUUGUUCAGUUUCGGCCACCUGUAAUGAGCAAAGUUGUUGAUGACGACGACGAAGAUGAAGACGAUGAUAAGGAAGAACAAACGAAAAAGGAUAGUUCCAUACCUGAAGCGCCCUCUGUCAAGUCGUUUUUGUCGAGUAUCCCUGCGCCAAGGAACUCGGGCUCACUUGGAGCUUUGCCCUCCUCCGCCGGCAUGGGUCGAAGAUCAAUCUUGGAAUCUGAAGUUCCAGCAUUAUCAAAUUCAAAAGUUGUUAAGGACACUGUUAAUAAAGCCAGUGAUAAUCAGGUGAAGCAUCAUAAUAACAGUUCUCUCGCUACUGAUAACUCUUCCAAUGUGAAUUUGUCUGUUGAUGAAAGUUAUGUAAACCACGAUAAUACCUACAGUGGAUAUGCGAAUCCUAAUUCAAAUGAGAAUGCAGUUACAACAACUGCAGAUUAUGCGAGCUAUGAUUAUAGCAAUAAUGGAGGGUAUGAGUAUGAGAAUGUUCAAACGGAUCAUUCAAGCUACGGCCCAGCUCCUCCAACAAGUGAAGAUCCUGCAAACUAUAAUAGUUACGAGGGUUACAGUGAUUAUGGGAACUAUGCGCAGUAUGAAAGCAAGUGGAUUGAUCGAUCAAGUGGAGAUAUGCAGCCAGAAAUUUCAGAAGCAGCCGCUAUACAAAAUAUGACGAGGGUUCCUGGCAAGAGAGGUAGGAAUGAGAUUCCGCAUGAGAUAAUUGAGGUUAGUCAGGAUGAACUGAUGAAGAAUCGACCACGAGAAGACCAAGUCAAAUCAACUGGAAUAGCUUUUGGGCCCUCAUAUCAGCCGGCUUCUUCAGGGAAGGGGAAGCCAACGAAGCUGCACAAGAGGAAACAUCAGAUUGGAUCUUUAUACUUUGAUAUGAGAUCUAAAGAGAUGGAAUUGGCAGAAAGGCGCUCAAAAGGCUUUCUCACAAAAGCAGAAACACAAGCCAAGUAUGGAUGGUAAUAAUAAACUCAUAAUUUUUUUGUAUGUUGCGUGUUAAUGUUGUGUCAAUUUUUCUUCUACAAAUGAAAAGCGUUGCAAAGAUUUUUGCUUUGUUUUCUCAAGAGCUCGUCAAUGUUUCGUGCUAGAUUAUUGUUCCUUCAUAUUGUAGCCAAUAAGUUGUUACUGAUUUGCAUAAUUGAAAAUGGUGAAAACAGGAACGAUUUUAAGUAAGGAAAAUUACAUUUUACAACAA